GAGUCAGUGCAUGGAUGUAGGGUUUGGCGCGCUCUAGAACCUCCCUCCAGCAGAUCCCUCCUCCUCCUCUAAACCCUAAACCCUGUUCCGCCAUAGCCAAAUCCCCCCUCCCCCCUUCCCCCCUAACUGGCUGAUUGAUUGCCAUGCACCACAAGGCAUCAUCGUCGGUCGCUCCCCUGGCGGUGCUGCUACCCCUUUCGCCUUGAUCUUGCUCCCGAUCGCGUCUGUGCUCCUGCUGCACUGGAUCUGACCGGGUUGGAUCGGUAUCUGCACAGGACCGACGCAUUAAUUUUUAUCGGCCUAACGAGUGCCGCGUUUUUAUAUUUUCCUAAUCGUGAACACUCUUUUUAAAAUGUGAGGAAAUCUCGGGGGUGGAUUGACUCGAACGCGAUCUGGUGGUCUGAGGUGUCUGAUGGCGAUUUUACCUGGAGUUGUAUGCACGUUCUUUUAUAACGAUUGUUGAGGCGUAGCAGUCUCUUGGUUUUGUUCAGAGAGAGUUUAUGUCAAAGAGAAGUCCGUCUUUCUGCUCGUUUGCAGGGGGACCACGCAUCAGGCACAUCUCUUUCCCUCGAAUUUCACUCUCAGUGGAGAUAGGAUGACAAAUGGAGUCGGGCCCGUUGAUGGAGGGCAAGUUUGGCUCGUCAACUGCCUGAAUGCUACACUCGAUGCGAAUCCGCAAGUUCGUACCGCAGCCGAAGAGGCUUUGAAGCAGGCCUCUGUUCAUCCAGGUUACGGAGUCGCUUUGACAAAGGCCAUUAUAAACACGGAGCUGCAUUUUGGUCUUCGACAACUAGCGGCAGUCUUGCUUAAGCAGUACGUGAAGCAGCACUGGCAGAAGGAUGAGAAAAACUUUGUGGAACCAGAAGUAUCACCUGAAGACAAGGCCGCUAUUAAAGAGCUGCUUCCUGCAGCAUUGGAAGAUCCACAUGGCAAGAUCCGGACUGCGGUCGGUAUGGCUAUUGCAUCUAUUGCAAACUGGGAUUGGCCUGAGGAAUGGCCUGGAUUGAUGGGUUAUCUCCUCAGUCUGAUCAAUGAUAGAACGGAUAUUAAUAAAGUGCAUGGAGCUUUGCGAUGCUUAGCGCUGUUUGCUGGAGACCUAGACGAUGUCCAGUUGCCACCCCUAGUGCCCGUCCUUUUCCCAGCUCUAUUCGCAAUCGUUACUUCCAAGGAUGCUUAUGAUAGUUCGUUACGUCGCCGAGCUCUUAUCAUCUUGCAUAGUUGUAUAUCAACGCUUGGAGUUAUGAGUGGUGUUUAUCAACAACAAACGAAGGAGUUGAUGUCGCCUAUGUUGAAAUCAUGGAUGGAACAAUUCGCGCUUAUUUUGACCUCUCCCGUUCCAUCUGAAGAUGCCGAUGACUGGGGCCUUCGAAUGGAGACUUUUAAAGUUUUGAUGAGAAUAGUUGAGAAUUUCCCGAAAUUGGCUGCAGCAGAAUUUCCAGAGAUUCUUGCUCCGUUAUGGCAGACCUUUGUUUCGGGCUUGAAAGUUUACGAACAAGCCUGUGUUAAAGGAGUUGAGGAAUCUUUUUCGGGCAUGGCAGACUCAGAUGGCACCGAUCAAAGUCUCGAAUCUUUUGCUAUUCAGCUCUUUGAGUUUUUGCUGACAGCCGUCUCUAGUCCUCGUUUCAGUAAGAUAGUGCGGAAGUCCGUUGGUGAAUUGGUCUACUACACAGUGGGUUAUAUGCAGAUGACUGAAGAACAGGUUCAAACCUGGUCGUCUGAUCCAAAUCAAUAUGUUGCUGAUGAAGACGAUGUCACUUACAGUUGUCGUGUAUCAGGCAUUUUGCUUCUAGAAGAGCUGGUUACAGUCUUUGAGAUGGAUGGUCUUCGCCUUAUAGUUGAGGCCGUGCAACAACGACUGAUUGAGGCGAGCCAAGCUAAAGCACUGGGUCGCACCGACUGGUGGAAGCUUCGAGAGGCUGCUAUUCUGGCUAUUGGCACCGUAGCCAAUUCGCUACAUGAAAUGGCUAACACAGUGCACGAAGCAAAGGCUGUUUCACUCUCAUUUAAUUUCGAGCCAUUCCUCGAUAGCAUUUUAGCUGAGGACCUUGGAGCCGCAGGUGUUCAAGAGUGUCCUUUUCUCCAUGGUAGGGCAUUGUGGGCUGCUGCAAAGUUCUCUACUGCGAUAGAUAAACCCAGAUCAGAGAAGUUCUUCUAUGCAGCCAUUAAUGGUUUAGGCGAUGGAAUGCCUGCACCUAUCAAAGUGGGCGCUUGUCGGGCACUUGCUCAGUUGUUCGAGCAUGUGAAUGUUUCAAGUUUGAGGACACAUCUUGGGCCAGUGUAUGCUGCCCUCGCCAAAUUACUUCAGGAGGCAUCUGAUGAGACGUUGCACCUUGUGUUAGAGACAUUGCAGGCUGCAAUUAAAGCAGAUGAUCAAGCGGCUGCUGCCGCCGAGCCUGUGAUAUCCCCCCUCUUGCUUAAUACUUGGGCUAACAAUGUGUCUGAUCCUUUCAUCAGCUGUGAUGCUUUUGACACUCUGGAGACUCUGAAAAAGGUUCCGGGAUGCGCUCAGCCACUUGCACUGCGUGCCUUACCUGUGUUGGCAUCUAUUUUAGCCAGGCCUCAGCAUCAGCCGCAGCAACAGCCACAGGACCUUGUGAAUGGAGCCCUUGACCUUCUAGCCAUGCUUCUCAAGAAAGCUCCUUUGGAAGUUGUGAAAGCAGCACAUGACGCAUCUUUCAAAUCUGUGAUUUCUAUUGUUCUUCAAAGCGAUGACACAAGUGAGCUACAGAACGGAACUGAGUGUCUGGCAGCCUUCGUUAGAGAAGGGGGUGAGGCUUUACUAGGAUGGGGUGGGGACGCAGACCAAACCAUGCGUAUGCUUUUAGAUUCAGUGGCAAGGUUGUUGAAUCCAGAACAAGACAGCUCGUCUGCUUUGUUUGUUGGGAACCUUGUAACAACGCUCAUUACGCAACUUUCAGUGCGCACGGCUCCACACAUUCGGGACCUGAUUGCCGCUCUUGUCAUUCGCAUGCAGUCUACCAGUGUUGCUGUGCUCAAGUCAAAACUACUAAUUGUGUUUGCAAGAUUGGUGCAUAUGGCAUCUCCAAAUGUUGGGCAGCUUAUUGACCUUUUGGCAACUAUUCCUGCCAAAGAGCAUGAGAAUGCACUCGCUUAUGUAAUGUCAGAGUGGGUGAUGCAUCAAGUUGAAAUACAGGGAUCUUAUCAAAUUAAAGUGAGUACCACUGCGUUGGCGUUGCUGCUGGCUUCUGGUCAUCCGCAGCUCUCACAGAUUUAUGUACAAGGACAUAUUAUCAAGUCAAAUGCAAGUGGAAUAGUGACACGCUCGCGAGCCAAGGUUUCUCCUGACCAAUGGACUCGUGUACCUCUUCAGGCGAAGCUCUUAGCCUUGUUGGCCGAUUCUUUAGUUGAGGCUCAGGAACAAGGACCAACAUCAGCACUUGAUAAUGAUGAAGAGUGGGAGGAUGCUGAUGAAGACGAGGAUGAUGAUAAAGAUGAUGAUGAGAAUGCAGCUGCUAUGGAUGUCAAGUCAGACAAAGGACCUUCAUCUGUAUUCAAAGAGCUCUCAGGAUACGAACAUCUGCUGACAGAUGAGGUUGAAGAAGGAGACUACGAAGAGGAUCCUUGUGCUGCAUCUGACCCAUUGAAUAAGAUUAAUCUUGCGGUAUAUGUGUCUGGCUUCAUCAAGCAACUCUGGGAAAGAGACGGAGCAAGUUUUCAGCAACUUUGUCAGACUCUCACAGAUUCAGAGAAGGGUGUUGUCCAAUCUGUCUUGAGCAGAUAGUGAUUGUGACGUAUUGAUACUCCAUCGUAGGCAACUGGCAUCGAUGCGAAGAUGGGUUGAUUCCCGUUGAAUUAACAAACGCUCGAUAUAGACACGAAAGGUGGCAUUAUGGGGUGUCCAUUUGUUUUGUCCAUCGUUACCUCUAUUAAUCUGGAUUAGUUUAUCACGAUUUUGGAUCUUGUGUGUUACAUUCAUUAGUAGCUGAAGAUGUUACUGUUUUCGAUAUAAUCCGUUAAAACUUGAGCAUUACUGGUCACGUUACCUGGGACGAUCAAGUGUGUUGGCUGUCUUAGUUAAAUGGCUGCUGUCAAUAUAGCAGAUUAUUGGCUUCUCCAGUUCCACUAGCAAUAUUUUCAAUUUUAGCGGUCAAUGAUUGUACCAUUUCAUAUCGGAUAGGGGCUACUUUUUGGCUACUUUUUCUAUUAUUUACUUAUUUUCCACUCUUCUGAAGCUUUGACCAUAUUUUGUGGUCGAUUACGUCCACAAUUUAGUGUUCUGUAAUUUUUGUAAGCAUGAUCGUCUACGCCUUCGAAUGUUGCAGGAGGGCUGUGAUACAGUAGCUGCUCCUCUGAUUCCUUUUUGUUGAAA